AUGGAGAAAAAAUAUAGGAAAAGUUCAAUGACAGAAGCAGCGCCGUCGACAAGAACCACAUCUUCGAAUGGCCCAUCCACGGUGGCCGCAGUAGAGGUGGGCCCAUCAGCCAUCAGUUCCUCAACACAGCCUUCGUCAUCAUCUUCCUCAUCGCGUCGUCAUCUGAACCUUCCACUGCUUCCAGUUCUGCCUCCGCGAUCUACGGUCCAGAUAAGACCUGAACCUCCCCCGCCAUACUGGGCGCACUACCAGCAUCGACCGGUACUUCCUUCGGCAGGGGCAGCUCCCCAUCAACGGCGCAGUAGCCGUAGCAGCAACAGUAGCCCCAGAAGUUCCGAUAGCGAGAAUUCGCCACACGUUACCCCACCGCCUCCGCUGCCACCGGUUCCACUGCCCAGAGCCAAUAAUGCGCAGCGAGCUGUUGUUCAACAACAGGUGGUGGUACAACAUCGAACCCAGCGGCGGAAUUUUGUCGGCGGUGGCAUUUCGGAACACAGGAAUCCGGGAGGACCAGCUAGGCUCCAGCGCUACAACAUUACGAACCACCAUCAGCAGCAACAGCGACAGCAGCAGCAUCCCCAGCGGCGUCCACGGAUUAAAGAGCACUUGUUGAGUGAGUAUGGCUUUUCAUGGGUUUGCGAUAUCGAUUGCGACGUCAAAUGA